UUGUAUUCGUGGGCUAAACAACCUGGUUAAAAUCUAUCGAUAUUUUUCUUCUUACCACCAUUACUAGGAAACGGUGGACAAGCUAAGGAAUAGACGAAGCCGGAAAUUCCAUUCAUUCUAAUGAUCAAUGAUUGUAACAUAUUUGUAACAUGUGAUUGGAAUUCUUUGUUUACAAAUGUUCCAAAGCGAGCAUUUUCCCGCUCGAAUACAGCGGUUCUACGUAAUGCGCAUGCGUAAUGAGUAAAAUUUGACGCAGCUCGUAAACACGGGGUUUACUCUGGCCACAGGGAAAUGUGUUCAUGAAACAAAGUCAAUUUCAACGCUUCGGAAAACUCGAUUUUUAAACCAAUGGAAACCGAUGCUGUUACAACGAGAGGAAGACGCAAACGUGUCCAUUCUACGAAGUGCCCUUGCUGUUCGCAUCCACCGAUAAAACCGGAAUUAAAGACGAGACCAACUCGAAAACGAAAGGGCGAUGAGAUCAAAGCAGAGGGUUCACCAUUAUUGAAGACUAAAAGGUCCUGCAAAAAUUCUAAGAGCAAGAAAUCAGCUAUUUUGAAAUCAACUGAUUUGGAAGUUUCCAGUCUUACAGCCAAAGUUGACAAACCAACUACAGAAGGGCGUGUACUCCGUUCUGGAAGAAACACACCAGUUUGCAUUGAAACUAUAGUUGAAAAAGAGAAGCCUUCUCCCAAUAAGAAAUCAAAAUUGAGAAAAACAAUCAAACAGGAACGUGCUGGCGCUGAAUCUGUAAAUCAGAAGUCUACUGCAGACAAUGAUCUUGCAAAAUCAGAUUUGACUGGGGUUAAACAGGAAGACAUCGCUGAUAAUUCGAUGGGGAACGAUGUCACCUCACCUAAGGCUAAGAAUAGCGCGAAGGCAAAAGGCAAAACUAAGAAACAACAAAAUAAAUCAAGCAGUCCAAAAGCUGAAACUGCAAAGGGAAAUAGUGAACAAAAAGGAGCGAAAUUCACAAAGGUUGCAAAGGAGAAAACGCUUCGCGUAAAUUCUUCCGAAGCGGUAAAAAACAGACGUCCCCAGAUUGCAAAGUCGAAGGGAGCAAUUGCCAAACGAGCCAAGAAAACCUCGGCUAUUGAAAAGCUAAAAGUAAGAGCAUUUGAUCAAUUGAAAGAGAAACUGGAAAUUGCUUUCGAUCGAAGUUCUAUUAGCGUCCCAGAAUGCGUUCAGCUCCUACAGAAAAUAACUUCGCCGAAUUUGAGCGAGAUUUUCGAAAGCCAAGUUACUUCGGUCGAGGAUAGUAGUUCUGAAUCGCUCCUUGCUGGAUUAGCCGGAAAAAGCCUGCCAGAAAUUAUGUCCGAAGGCCUGCGAAGAGGUGGAAAUAGCGAUGAUAGGAUUGCUGCUGCUAAAACAAGCAAGAAUGAAACGAUAGCCACAGAGAACUUGUCAAAAGCAGCCCACGCACUUGUGAGCUUCAAAAGUCAAACAGGAACAAGAAAAAAUUUAGGCAACGAGGCCUCGUCAUCUGACAAUACACAAACAACCCAGGUUUUAUUGAAUGAUUUUGGCCUUCAGAAUACAGGAUUCACGGCGAUGAAUCAAAAAGUGCAGAAUAACAGCACUGAGAGCCAAGUUGAUGUCGCGAAAACAACAACGACAAAGCAAUUAACAAUUCCCAAUACAAUCUCGAUCAGCCAGACGAAUCAUCAAGUCGGAGAGAUGCUAAAGAAUGUCACAGCAAACCCUCUCUCCACAUCAAACCAAGCAAUGCAACAGAGUAAUUUCCCGCAAACGGUCAGUCAAGGAACGAUUGCAGGCAUGGAUUCACUUGUAAAGACCACAGAAUCGUUAAAUAAUUUCGGUCAAGUGCUUCAAACGUUGAAUCCUCUGAUUCCUACAUCGAGCCAACUAUCUCAAAUAGCCAAUCUCCUAGUUCCAACAACGAAUCAACUGUUCCAAACGAAUACCUUUCUUCCCGCAACAAAUCCUGUGCUUCCACCAAAUCAAUUGCUUGCAAACGUAUCAGCAAUUGCAAGCCCCCAAUCCACAAUUUCCCCUGGGAAUCCCGCACUGCCCCCAGCGCAGAAUGUUUUAUUAGGUCAACCUCAAGUCGCAUUUCAAUUCGUUCAGGCCAAAGGGGCAACCCCCGCCCCCCUACCCACUACGACCGCGCAAGCCCAAACAACCCCAAGAUUUAUAUGCCCUAACCCCGGUGCUCUGCCACAAACAACCACACCCGACCAGCAACCAGGGCAUCCGCUUCCCCUCAACCAGCGUCUAUUUUUGCCGAAAAUUACCCCGCCGAUUGACCAGAAGACCCUAGGGUCAAAUCUGCCAACCCUGAGCAUCAAAAGUGCCUCGAUACCAACAACCAGCACCAAUGAAUUACCAACAUCUGGCAAGCUUCGACCAAUCUUACCUCGAGAGCCUUUCGUCUCCCCGACUUUAGCGAUGUUUAAUCCUAUUCAACAAAACUUUCCCAGCAUAACAAAAGCGAGUGAUAUAACUAGCAACGUCAAACAAGCUGUAAAAAGACUUGUCAACGGUCGAGCGAAGAGUACUGAGAAUCCACCAUCAAAACAAACGCUUCCGGAUAUCGCGAGUACAUUCAACAAACCUUUAUUCGCAGGGCAGGGGAAACCAGCACUUGCCCCAGCGCAGAACAGACAAGACUGUUCCGAAAUGGCAAAUAAAGAGCAGGCCAUUAAAGCUUUAUUGAGCAUCGGAGGUGAACAGCAGACCGCGCAACAAGGAGCAAAAGGCGCCGCCUUUAAUUGUAUUCCAGCCACCAAAGUUGUCGAGACAAAAAAGGCGGAUGAUUUGCUGGUGGUGUUUGACACGGACAAGGGGAUAUUUAAAGUAGAUGACGUUACCAUCGACCCUCAAGUCAACACUAUUGGAAAAGAAAGCUACACUUGUGGUAAAUGUGGAAAGAUCUUCACCUCUCUGAGUUAUCUCGCAAGACAUAUCAAGCGUGUUUGCCCUGACAUGACCCACCGCAAAUGGAAAUGCGACCACUGUGAGAAAGCGUUUCGCCAUCCGUUUGGUCUCCAACAACACGUGUUCACGCACACAGGUGAAAGACCUCACAAAUGUUCGCAAUGUCCCAAAGCGUUUUACAGCUCCAAUGAUUUACGGAGACACAGCAGGAUACAUUCAGGAGAACGUCCUUACAAGUGCAAGCAUUGUGGGAAGACUUUUGCUACAACGAUCUCGCUCAAGACCCAUACCUUUAUUCACACGGGCGAGAAACCACACCGCUGUCCACAUUGCCCGAAGACGUUUGCCACGUCGAGUAAACUUGGUCGGCAUAUUGUCACGCAUUCGGAACAGCGGCCUUUCGCUUGUACCCAGUGUCCGAAGACCUUCAACAGAUCCGGGGAUUUACGAAGACAUAUUCAAAAUCUUCACCAAGGCAAAUAUCCAGUCGAAAACGACGAAGUUAAGACGAGUGCAGAGAAAAAAUCUGAUGUUUCUGGAGAGUUUGUGUCGAUUAACGAACAUCAGACAGUUGGCGAAAUCAAAGCUUAAUUAGUCUUUAAUUAGUUAAUUCGUUUUAAAAUUGCAAUUAGAAUAACUUAUAGUCUCAAUUUAUCAUAAUUUUGUGUGCACGUGUGAGUUAUUGUGAUCAUUUGUAGUGUUCGUCUUUCUACGAAAAUUAAAUAUUUAGAUUAUCAGAAAAUGUAAUAUUUAGAUUUUAGCCAUGCAGUAAUCGCGCUUUGGAUGAAGACUUCCACUAAAAUUUCAAUUCCCAUAUUAGAAUAGCAUGUAUGUAUAAAUGUUCAAUAUCAAUAUGCAUGAAUUACAUUUAUUUUCUGAUAAUAGCUUCAAGCAUUUACUGUAAAAUAGUAAUGUAUGAAAUCUAGCGAGUAAUACUGUAUACAACAGAUUUCUUUUUAACAAUCACUUGAAUAAUU